GCGGCUCCUCCCCGCGUGGCGCGGCGCGCGGCCUCCGGGUGCCUAGGCUCGGGGCCGCGGGCGGUGACGCCUCAUUCUCGCGGAGCCGGGCCGGGGACACGGUCGGACGGCGGCGACAUGAACAGCAUCAAGAACGUGCCGGCGCGGGUGCUGAGCCGCAGGCCGGGCCACAGCCUGGAGGCCGAGCGCGAGCAGUUCGACAAGACGCAGGCCAUCAGCAUCAGCAAAGCCAUCAACAGCCAGGAGGCCCCUGUGAAGGAGAAGCAUGCCCGGCGCAUCAUUCUGGGCACUCACCAUGAGAAGGGGGCCUUCACCUUCUGGUCCUACGCCAUUGGCCUGCCGCUGCCCAGCAGCUCCAUCCUCAGCUGGAAGUUCUGCCAUGUCCUUCACAAGGUCCUCCGAGACGGACACCCCAACGUGCUGCAUGAUUGCCAGCGGUACCGGAGCAACAUACGGGAGAUCGGCGACCUGUGGGGGCACCUUCGUGACCAGUAUGGACACCUGGUGAAUGUCUACACCAAACUGUUGCUGACCAAAAUCUCCUUCCACCUCAAGCACCCCCAGUUUCCUGCAGGCCUGGAGGUAACAGACGAGGUGCUGGAGAAGGCAGCUGGAACAGAUGUUAAUAACAUUUUCCAGCUUACCGUGGAGAUGUUCGACUACAUGGACUGUGAACUGAAGCUUUCGGAAUCAGUCUUCCGGCAGCUCAACACAGCCAUCGCCGUGUCCCAGAUGUCCUCCGGCCAGUGCCGCUUGGCCCCCCUCAUCCAGGUCAUCCAGGACUGCAGCCACCUGUACCACUACACGGUGAAGCUCAUGUUCAAGCUGCACGCGUGUCUCCCAGCGGACACCCUGCAGGGCCACAGGGACCGGUUCCAUGAACAGUUUCACAGCCUCAAAAACUUCUUCCGCCGAGCCUCGGACAUGCUCUACUUCAAGCGGCUCAUCCAGAUCCCAAGGCUGCCCGAGGGACCCCCCAAUUUCCUGCGGGCCUCAGCCCUGGCUGAGCACAUCAAGCCUGUGGUGGUGAUCCCGGAGGAGGCCCCGGAAGAUGAGGAGCCUGAGAACCUCAUCGAGAUUAGCAGUGGACCCCCUGCCGGGGAGCCGGUGGUGGUGGCUGACCUCUUCGAUCAGACCUUUGGACCUCCCAAUGGCUCCGUGAAGGAUGACAGGGACCUCCAGAUUGAGAACUUGAAGAGAGAGGUGGAGAGCCUCCGGGCUGAGCUGGAGAAGAUCAAGAUGGAGGCCCAGCGGUACGUCUCCCAGCUGAAGGGCCAGGUCAAUGCCCUGGAGGCGGAGCUGGAGGAGCAGCGGAAGCAGAAGCAGAAGGCCCUGGUGGACAACGAGCAGCUGCGCCACGAGCUGGCCCAGCUGAAGGCCAUGCAGCUGGAGGGCGCCCGGAACCAGGGCCUGCGAGAGGAGGCGGAGAGGAGAGCCAGCGCCACGGAGGCGCGCUACAGCAAGCUGAAGGAGAAACACAACGAGCUCAUUAACACGCACGCAGAGCUGCUCAGGAAGAACGCAGACACAGCCAAGCAGCUGACGGUGACGCAGCAGAGCCAGGAAGAGGUGGCCCGGGUGAAGGAGCAGCUGGCCUUCCAGAUGGAACAAGUGAGGCGAGAGUCGGAGAUGAAGAUGGAGGAGCAGAGCGACCAGCUGGAGAAGCUCAAGAUGGAGCUGGCAGCCCGAGCCGGAGAGCUGGCCCACGCACAGGAGGCCCUGAGCCGCACAGAGCAGAGCGGGUCGGAGCUGAGCUCCCGGCUGGACACCUUGAGUGCGGAAAAGGAUGCGCUGAGCGGGGCCGUGCGGCAGCGGGAAGCCGAGCUGCUGGCUGCCCAGAGCCUGGUGCGGGAGAAGGAAGAAGCCCUCAGCCAGGAGCAGCGGCGCAGCUCCCAGGAGAAGGACGAGCUGCAGGGGCGGCUGGCAGAAAAGGAGGCCCAGGAGCAGGGGCUGCGGCAGAAGCUGCUGGACGAGCAGUUUGAGGUGGUGCGGAGCGCUGCCGCCGAGGCCGAGGCCAUUCUGCAGGAUGCGGUGAGCAAGCUGGACGACCCUCUGCACCUGCGCUGCACCAGCUCCCCGGACUACUUGGUAAGCCGGGCCCAGGCAGCCCUGGACACGGUGAGCGCCCUGGAGAAGAGCCACACCCAGUACCUGACUUCCUCCGAGGAUGCUUCUGCCCUGGUGGCAGCUCUGAGCCGCUUCUCCCACCUGGCCGCGGACACCAUCGUCAACGGCGGCGCCACCUCCCACCUGGCCCCCACCGACCCUGCUGACCGCCUGAUUGACACUUGCAGGGAAUGUGGAGCCCGGGCCCUGGAGCUCAUGGGACACCUGCAGGACAGGACAGUGCUGCCCAGGGCCCAGCCCAGCCUGAUGCGGGCCCCCCUGCAGGGUAUCCUUCAGCUGGGCCAGGACCUGAAGCCGAAGAGCCUGGACGUGCGGCAAGAGGAGCUAGGGGCCAUGGUUGACAAGGAGAUGGCCGCCACCUCUGCAGCCAUUGAGGAUGCUGUGCGGAGGAUUGAGGACAUGAUGAACCAGGCCCGCCAUGAGAGCUCGGGAGUGAAACUGGAGGUCAAUGAGAGGAUCCUCAACUCCUGCACAGACCUGAUGAAGGCCAUCCGGCUCCUCGUGAUGACCUCCACCAGCCUACAGAAGGAAAUCGUGGAGAGCGGCCGGGGGGCAGCCACGCAACAGGAAUUUUAUGCCAAGAAUUCACGGUGGACCGAAGGCCUCAUCUCUGCCUCUAAGGCAGUGGGCUGGGGAGCCACACAGUUGGUGGAGUCGGCUGACAAGGUGGUGCUUCACAUGGGCAAAUACGAGGAGCUCAUCGUCUGCUCACACGAGAUCGCAGCCAGCACGGCCCAGCUGGUGGCAGCCUCCAAGGUGAAGGCCGACAAGCACAGCCCGCACCUGAGCCGGCUCCAGGAAUGUUCCCGCACUGUCAACGAGAGGGCCGCCAACGUGGUGGCCUCCACCAAGUCGGGCCAGGAGCAGAUCGAGGACAGAGACACCAUGGAUUUCUCCGGCCUGUCCCUCAUCAAGCUGAAGAAGCAGGAGAUGGAGACACAGGUGCGAGUCUUGGAGCUGGAGAAGACGCUGGAGGCGGAGCGCGUGCGCCUGGGGGAGCUGCGGAAGCAGCAUUAUGUACUGGCCGGGGUGAUGGGGACGCCCGGUGAGGGAGAACCCAGCAGGCCCAGCCCAGCUCCCCGGAGUUCGGCCACCAAGAAGCCCCCCUUGGCCCAGAAACCCAGCAUAGCCCCCAGGCCAGACAACCAGCUCAACAAAAAGGAUGGUGUCUACCCAGCUCAACUCGUGAACUACUAGGCCCUCUAAGGUGUUGAGCAGGGCGGCUGCUGGUCAUGCCUGGGCCUCGUGUAGCCAUCUGGUCAAGAGGUCUCUGAGAGUCCUCCAACGCCUGCACCUGGAGCCCAAAGCAGUCUCCCCAAGACCCCAGCCUUCACCAGCCGAAGAGGCCUCAGCUCCGUGGGAUAGUUCAUCUGGAUUUGAGUCUAUUUAUCUUAGGUAGGAACUGCCCAGAGCAGCCGGGACCCAGCAGGCCUGAGCCACGAUGCAGCGACCAUCUGGGCGGUGUGAAUAUUGUGUUCUCUCUUCCUAAGUCUAGUCGGCACACUGGGAAAGGCCAGGAGCCUCCCUGCCUCUGAACUCUGAAGUGUGAGGCUGAAAGUGAGCAGAAAGAGGGUCCUCGGCUGGCUUUUGGGGACAAGGGGGAUGUGGCCCUCACGGGAGAGCAGGUGGCUGGGCUGUGUCAUCCUCUGGGGGCCUGGUGCUAGGACAUCCAUGCUCAGAGCCCCAGGAAAGGGCUUGGUGUGGGAGCCUGGCAGCAGGUGGCCGGGGUGCCUGCUCGGCUGUGCCUGGGGCAGCCCUGGCUCAGGGGCCACCUCGCUGACCCUCCACUUCCUGAUUUCCGUUCUCCUGGCCCAGCUGCCUUCACCCAUGUGGCUGCUUAUCACCCACCUUCAUGGGUAGAUUUCAGCCCUCCUAAAGCUGGGGUCUUUCAGCUCAGUAAGAAGCUAAUAAAAACAAACAGAAGCCACAGCCCACUUUCUGAGGGCUCAGGAAUUCCUGUGGGGCCCUCAGGUGGAACAGCCCAGACUUGGAGGCCUGGCCUUGCCUGCCCCCGACAGUUUGAAUAAAUUUGUGUUUCUGGAGCCUGAGGAGGAAUGGUUGGGGUGGGUAUCCAGGCCGCCAACAGAGACAGCAGCUGGACUGGAUAAGUGCCCAGCUUCCCAGCUGCCUGCCCUGUGCCCUGGGAAGGCUACCAACCAUGGGCCAAGGUCCGGGGCUGUGGGAGGGAGCCAAGGCCUUUGCCCUGUCUGGUCCCUGUGUUUGAGUUCCCCUGGCAAUAAAACCCUGACUGUUGUCAACAGUGA